GCUGUUGUUGCUUUUGGUACUGUUUCUGUUUCUGUUCUUGUUGGUUUUGGUUUUGUUUGAUUCUGUGUUUAACUUGUUUUUCUUUUUAUUCUUCUCGUUGUUGUUUUUUCUUCUUUUACUCGUUCGUCUUUUCCUUUUCAAUUCAAUAAAAAAGCUCCUCGUGUAUAAAUCUCAUUCGGCUACGGUACUCUAUGCCAACCGCACCGCCCGAUUUCUCUCGAUACGUUUGCACGGUUGCACGGCACGGGAUUCUAGGGAAUUGUACUUUUAUUAUUACUCGUAUUGUGUUAUUUUUGUACGAAAAGAAAAAUGUUGUUCUGUUUUUGCAAUUGUAUGUCAGUCGGAGUGACAAUUCGACCAACUGUCACUGUUACUGUCACUGUCACUGGCCUUUUACAAUAAAAUUCCUAUAAUUAAUUGUUGUUGCUGUUGUUGUUGUUACUGCUGCUGCUGCUACUGGUGCUGCUGUUUGUUGUGGGUGGUAGAGAUUAUUAUUAUAAAGUGACAGUGGUGCGAUAUGUCAGUGGUUUUGGAGAACUACAUUAUGUAAUUUUUCGAUCGGUUUUCUAGUUUUUUUUUUAUUUUUCAUUUUCAAAAGAUAUUACAAAUUUUCAAAAAAAAAUAUUCAAUCUUAAUCUAUCAGUGCUGCUAUAGAACGACAAACGAACGUAUUUGUGUGAAGGUGUGUGUGUGCGAAUAUGUGUGUGUUUUAUUCAAUACAAACAAACAAACAAUCAGGAUUUUACACACAAAAAUCUGACAAAGGAAAACGGAAAACUUUCGUUCAAGGCCAUUUCACCGACAUAGUAUGAGAGGGUGGGCCACCAGUGCCAACGCCAACACGAGCACUCACUAAAUGAUGAAAAACAUAGAGAGAAAGAAAGAGAGUGUAGAAAGAGAGAGAGAAAGAGACAAAAACAACAACAAAAGUUUGCCAAAUCAAGUGCAAGAUAAAUGAACAUUAAUUUAUACCCCAUGCCCAUUAUUUCUAAUCCCACAUACCUACCUAACUACUUUUCUUUGAAUAUGCAAACGCACAAAAAUAAAAACAAUGUAAUCGUACUUUAAGAUGUCACAAAACUAUAACUGUCAUAAUAGAUGUUUGUAUAUGAAUGGAGUUUAUCUCGACUGUGUAAACAACUGACAUCUGUCACUUUUGUCAUCUGUCAAAAUUUCGAUUUAAUUAAUCAAAGAAGAAGAAUAAGAUAUAAUUCCUAUACAAUCCAUCCCAAAGAUUCUCUAAAAUAAAACGUAAUCAAUGAUUUAUUACAAUUUAAAACCAUUGAAUUGGGAUCAUUGAACUUUCUUUGAAAAUAAAAUUUAUUAAAAUUAAAAAAAAAAGUCUUCAGAGAAGAAAAUUUAAAUAUAAAAUAAUCCCGCACUUCCAUGUCAUCAGCUGUUGAGAGUUUUGGACCUGCAUCAGCUGCGGCCGCACAUCCAUAUGCUCAUCAUAAUCCUUAUGCAAUUGCUGCAGCCGCCGCAGCCGCUGGUUCAGCUGCAGCAGCAGCUGCAGCUGUGAUUCCUUCGCACCAUCAUCACCACCAUCUACACCAUCACCAUCAGUCAAUUAAAGCAGAACCCGGGCUUGACCAUCAAUUUGUCAUAAAUCAUAGCUCAAUUUAUAAUAAUAUUAGUGUUUCUGCCGCAAAUAGUCAUAUUUCCAAUUCAAUUUUGGGAAACGGCAGCGGCAGUGAUCUCUUCCUGCCACCACCACGGCCACCAACAUUAUCGCUGACCACAUCGUCAUUGUCAUCAUCGCCGUUGUCUUCAACGUCGUUGUCUUCGUCAGCCAACACCAAUUUACUGCCUACUCCAUUAGCCCUCUCGUCCAAGACGUCCUUAACACAGGAGCGGCCAAAUUCACCACAAAAUAGAUCUCCACGCUCCACGAAAGCGUCAAAUUUUCAAGGUCAAGACAGCAUUUGCCCCAAUAACAAUAACAUGUCAUCGGCGGAGUUUGCUCGACCACACCCUAAACAACCCCGUUAUAACAAUAGCAACAACAACAACAACAAUAAUAAUGUAAAUACAACCAACAACAAUAAUAGCCAUGUUAGCUACAACAACAAUGCCAUUCCAUUACAUUUGCGUUCAACAAAUAAAACAGGGACUAAUCUUAGCAAAGGUUACAACCUCAACAACAACAAUAACUGUUUGAACAACAACAACAAUGUGUCGGCAAGUGAUAAAAAUAGUAAUAACGGUAGUAUUAAAUUAAGCAACAAUAACAACAACAACAACCACCUGAUAGAGAAAUCCUCUUCAGUUGCAAUGCCUCGAGCAAAAUACUCAAAUGAACAGUCAGGACCUGUAAAUUUAGUCACAACCAAUAACAUUAAUUUGAUGAAUCAAUACAACAACAGCAAUAACACAAGCAACAGUUGUAGAACUCCCCCAAGUUCAAUACCACCAGAAGUCACUCAAGUCUCGCCGUCGUCUUCGGAGUCAAGCGAUUGCAGUCGGAAGUCUGCUAAGUCAUCCGAGAUGUACCCACUGAAGAUGCCAUUUAGAGGGCAAUCACUAACUGUGACAAGUGAUCCAGCAAUUGCGGCGGCUGCAUGCGCUGCGGCUUACCAGUAUAACUAUCCUCAUAUAUAUGCCAGUAGGGCCCUCUAUGGGACAUCAGCUCUCUUCCCGGGACACCAUGCACUUGUUCACCACAAUACCUUAAGACCUUGUCCAACCUAUUUGGGCGGCCAACACGAAGCUUUCUCACCUUACCUCCAGGUGGAUAGACUAUAUCAGAAUAGCGUUCCAACCAAUGUAGCACCCCCACCACCGAGUGCCAUCGGCCUCCUCCGAACAACAAAUUCACAAGUGCUUUUAAACAACAACAACAGCAACAACAAUGGAAUAUCUGUUGUUGCAUCGAAGCCUUCCAGUCCUUUGGAACGUAACUCCUCUUAUCCGCCACCUAGCAACCCAAAGGACAUCAACAACAUGAAUGGCACUUAUUUAAAUGGCAAAGUAAACACUUCACCAGCAGCGCCCGAAUCUGUCAGUGGAUUUAAAGUGCCCAGCGGGAAGGAGGGAUCUCUUAAGCAUAGAAUUCUUACAAGGCCAGCGCCAUCUGAUAGAGAGUCAUCAAAACGAAGGUCACCAAUAACUGCUGCUGUUGUAAAAACAAAUAGCAACAGUUCAACUAGUAACUUUACCAAAGGCGCCUUUAUUGAACUAGCCAAUGGCGCCCUACGAAGAGUAGAAGAUAUGAGAACUGAGGACUUCAUUCAGUCGGCGGAAAAAAGUGCGUUCCAUCAGUUGGCUGAAUCUACUGUGGUGAAGAUUAUUCCAACACAAAGCAGUGUGAUAAUCACGUUUAGCUACGAUAAAAAUCGCUCAAAGGCCGACGUCGAAGUAUCGCAAGAACAUCCAUUUUUCGUCUACGGCCAAGGUUGGGCGUCAUGCAAUCCCGAUCUAACUCUCAAGUCUUUUGGUUUAAAAUGUCAGCGACUUCAAGUUGGUGAUAUUUGCAUUUCUUUGAUAUCGAAAGAACAGCAGCAGCAGCAACAUACCCCUCAAGACAAACACCAUCAUCAUCAGAGUCAAAUUACUGCCGCCAACAUCAGUAAUAAUAAUCAUCAAGCUCCGUCCCAAAAUUUUGACAAAAGCGAACCCAUAUCGCUUCCGCAGAAUCUGUCCAGAAAAUUGCAGCAACCACCAGCACCUGCACCAGCACCACCAACUUCAGCUGAUAACUCAAUUCCCUUAAAUAAUGUAGUGAGCAAUAGACUUGCAAGCAUGGGAGCUCCAACCUACAUACCCAACUCCCUACCCCAACAUCAUCCCUAUAAUGAGGAAUCAGCAGCAGCAGCAGCUUACGAAAACACGAUCUCCAGGCACCAUGAAUUUUAUCAGCCUCCACUUCAUCUUCAUCAUCCUUAUCACCGGCUUCUGGGACACCACACUGAGGUCACAUCGAGACUAUCUCUGCCCCCACCGCCACCACCACCACAAUCCCAUUCCGCCCCAGUGCAAAAAUCCCGCCCACCAUCCAACCAAUCCUCCUAUUAUCCGGAGCCUCAUCAUUCACCUCCCAGUUCCAGCUCUAACUCCGCUGCACAAAACAGCUGCAGUACUGAAACGCAACAACAGCCAGUCGACGCUUCCUUAUCUCGCAAACGGCGGUGGUCAGCACCCGAGAGUAUUUGUGACGAUGACGAGAACGAAUGCCAACCGCCAACGGCCCCAAGACUUUCAUCAAACGUAAACGCUUACAAUUCCUAGAUACCAGUAAGUCGCCAAUCACAAACAGGGGCGGAUUUGAAAAACUAGCUCCCAUCUCCCCCCAAAACAAAACAAAAACUAAAACAACAAAACAAAACUAAAACUGAUAUAUAGCUAUUCUUAAGUAAAGGACAAGGUCUCUUAUGCCAUGUGGAGCAUGUAGCCAUAAACUCUAAGUACCAUAAAUAACUUUGUUAAAUAUUUUAAGGAUUUUAUAUAAAACAAAAAUUAUAGUGUUACGUAUAACCCUGAAACGCAACUAAGUCCACUGUACAUAAAUUGUAUACACAAAUCAAAAUAUAUAUAUAUAAAAAUCUAUAUAAAAUAAAAUAUAUAUGUAAUUAUAGGAAAGAGUCAUAUCUUUGGAUUUCAAGAAAUGAAAGACAAAACCGAAAUCAGGAAUCUUUAGGCUUUAUCUGCGAACUAUCCCAAGUAUCGCUUAAAAUAUAUAAAUAAAAAAAUAAAAACUUGUAUAAAAUAUUAAUUUUCUCUUCUCUUCUUCUUUU